ACAUUUGGCAGGGCCAAAUAUCAGGCCCCUUACAGGGAUCAGCCACUAACGAAGCCUAAUUAAGCAGCACACCUGCCUUCCAUCACGUGUCCCGUGCGAUCAGGUGCAGUAUAUAAAGCCUCUGCGCGGUAGCUCCACACUUACAUUCCACAGGACAAUUUGGAAGUGAGACCAGGGAUCGAUUCGACCUCAGCGACUUUGUUUGGUUAAAACCCGGAUUGCAGCCAUGGUGAAAGAGAAGACUCACGUCAACGUGGUGGUCAUCGGCCACGUCGACAGCGGCAAGUCGACCACCACCGGCCACCUCAUCUACAAGUGCGGCGGCAUCGAUCAGAGAAAACUGGAGAAGUUUGAGAAAGCUGCGGCACAGAUGGGGAAGAGUUCUUUCAAAUUUGCCUGGGUGCUGGACAAGCUGAAGACCGAGCGGGAGCGAGGAAUCACCAUUGAUAUAUCCCUGCUGAAAUUCAACACCCAAAAAUACACCAUGACCAUCAUUGAUGCACCUGGCCAUCGUGACUUCAUUAAAAACAUGAUCACUGGGACGUCACAGGCUGACGUUGGCCUCCUGGUGGUCUCUGCGGCUAAAGGGGAGUUCGAGGCCGGCGUGUCCAGGAGCGGUCAGACCAGAGAGCACGCCUUGCUGGCCUACACUUUGGGGGUCAAGCAGAUCAUCGUCUGCGUGAACAAGAUGGAUCUGACCGAACCGCCCUACAGCAAGACGCGCUUCGACGAGGUGGCGCGCGGCGUGGGCAGCUUCCUCAAGAAGAUCGGCUACGACUGCGCCACCGUGCCCUUUGUUCCGAUAUCGGGCUGGACUGGGGAGAACAUGAUCACUGCCACGCAGAGGAUGCCCUGGUUCCAAGGGUGGAAAUCCAGACGAAGGGAGGGAAAUGCAAGUGGAAGAACUCUACUAGAAGUCCUGGACUCCAUUCAGCCACCAGCGCGCACGGCCAACAAGCCCCUACGCUUACCCCUGCAGGACGUCUACAAAAUUGGAGGAGUAGGCACCGUGCCAGUGGGGAAGAUUGAAUCCGGUGUCCUCAAGGCCGGGAUGACCCUGAUGUUCUCCCCGGCCAAGGUCACCGCCGAGGUGAAGUCCAUUGAGAUGCACCACCAGGGCCUGCAGACGGCUCUGCCGGGCCACAACGUCGGCUUCAACAUUAAGAACGUGGCCGUGAGGAACCUGCGGCGCGGCGACGUGGCUGGAAAUGCCCAGAACGACCCUCCAGCCGACGUCACCAGCUUCGAAGCGCAGGUGAUAAUCCUGAACCAUCCGGGGAAGGUUAAAGCCGGCUACUCUCCUGUCCUGGACUGCCACACGGCCCACGUGACUUGCCGCUUCGCCGAGCUGAAGGAGAAGCUCGACCGGCGCAGCGGCAAACAGCUGGAGGACCACCCGCAGACCCUGAUGUCUGGCGACGCUGCCACGGUCCGGAUUGUUCCCAUCAAGCCCAUGUGUGUGGAGAGCUUCUUCACCUACCCGUCCUUAGGGCGCUUUGCGGCGAGGGACCUGAAGCAGACGGUCGCUGUGGGGGUCAUCAAGUCGGUGCAGAAGGACCAGGGGGCGAAACCCUCCCGCAAAGUGUAACUGAUUUUUUUUUUUUUUUUUACCAGUAAAUCCUGGUAUGGCUGCUUUUGUGAAACGUUUUGGCAGAAUGUAAUUUGUGCUGUGACACAAAGUAUUUAAGUUGAAGUGAUUAUUCCUGUGUUAAUGUUAAAAGCCAAAAUAAUCUGUAAAUCUGGUUGGUGAACCUUGGUUGAGUUACAAAAUAAAACAAUUAUUUGAACUAUAUUUUUUUCUACGCUUCUUAUUUCUUAAGCAUGCACUUGCCGUAUCAACCAUUGAAAUAAUAUGCAGCACCAGAGCAGGCUGGGUUGGUACAGCACUUUAAUGAUUGGAUGAGUUUGUUUGCUAACAUGGGAGAAAGGGACUGCAAGUCAGGGAGGAUUAAGUGGAAAUACAUCGGCUCUCCAGCCUUCAAGUCCCCCUGGUUCAGAAGCCAACCUGGAAAUGUACAGGAUCCAGUAACAUUGAUAUUACAUGACUCAAACUUAAAGAAAAUGUAAAGCUGUUUUUUUUCUUCCUACAAGACUCAUUUUGAACAAAGGUUAACAGGACACUUCUAG